ACAAGAAAAUGCUAAACUUAUAAAUGAGAAGGUAGUAUUUAUAGUCAAAUUUAUAAAACUAGAACAGACUACUAGAGAAAAUGAUAAGCUUAAAGCUAAAGUUACAAAAUUUAAAUAUAUUAAUAAAGAAAAUACUAAGCUUAUUAUAAAAAUAAAUUAUGAUAUAAAAGAGAUUAAGAAAAACCAAAUUGCUACUAAUAUAUCAAGUGCACUUUCUACGAAAGAUGUUUUAGUUCAAAUCAGCAUUUCUAUGCCAAAAUCUCUUAUUUAUUCAGAAUUACUAAUAACUUUCCCAAUAUCUACUCUACUAUCUAUUGAGAACUAUUCUGAUAAAGAUGAUA